CUGAGUUGGUGAGGGCUACAAUGUAUAUAUAUACACGUAUAGCAUUUUACUCGUGUUUACUUGACAAUGUAUCUUCUUCAAUACUGCAAUUUUUAAUAAGAUUGUGCGAUUAUUAAUUACAUAAGUGUUCAGAGUGUUUAUAUUUGAGACAUUUUUAAUCUAACACGCAAGUUAAACAUGGCUCUUUAUCCAUCGUUUAAUUUAGUCGAAUCGAUCGUGGACGAGGUUGCUUUAGAAGGACUAGACGGUAUUACUUUACAAGCAUUAUGGAUACGACUAGCAAACAGAUUUCAUGAUCCAUUGCCACUUCCUAAGCCUUUUAUGAAUCAAGUAUGGACAAUAUGUAAAAGAUUGAAAGAGUUUUCAUUUUAUGAAUUAAAUACUCCAAGAGAACCACUUGUUAUAUUUGACCGUUAUGAGUAUGUGCAUCCUGAUCUUGGCAUUAUACUUGAGCCACCAAAUGUCCCAUCAGAUAUUUAUCCUCACUACCCAAUUAAAGAUUCUAAAACAGGUGUGAGAGGUUCUUGUUCCACAUAUCAUUCUAGAAAAAACAUCAGCGACAGUGUAAAGAAAGCAAGUUUGGAUGAAGUAACAGAAAAAUAUGGGUUAAGUCUUGUAAUUGUAGCAUCUCAGUCAGUCAGAACACGAGCUUUAAUGGAUUCCAAUGUAAGCCCAACAUUGGAGCUGACGAUCAUGCACUAUUGCUUUCUGGAGAGAGUAGGCAGAUCUCGUUAUCAUGGCGAGGUUACUCAAGGAAAGCUUAGUUUGUCUGCACUCAAUGAGGAUCCAAAGAGCUUGUUCUACCACCGAAAAUUCUUACUUCAGCAUAAGCUGAUUACAAAGCAAGUUCAUCAUCAGAAAAGCUCCGGCCACUACGGCAACGGUAGUCUAUUACAUCUGCCGCGUUUUUAUGUAGAACGAAAACCAAAGGUAACUUACUUGGCAGAACAAGUGCUGGAAAUCCUGCGAUCCAAGAAGAAUGGCGUGGCCGAGUACGAUGAGAUUAAAAAGAAGCUUGGGAUCGAGAAUUCGAUCAAGAAACUGUUUAAGACUUCCUUCUUUCAAAAGAUCGUAAAGACAGAUAUCUGUGUACCAUAUAGAACUUUAUAUCCCAACGCAGAGCCCAGUGAGUGGCGGCAGAAGCAGGAUCCUACAAAGGAGAAGAAGAUCAGAGUAGUGCAAGUACUUUACCCUGAUGUGGACAUUGCUGACUUGUGGAAUAAGGAGGAGAAGGAUGAUGAUGAGGAUGCUAUCGAGCUGGAUGUUUCAAAUCAUAAAUAUAAAGUUCCCUAUCUGAAACAAGCAAACGCUAUCGUCGAGGCGAGCAAAUUAGAAGGGAUAUCUCAAGUUCAACUGGGAAGGCAGAUGGGCCUCACUAAGUUGCAGUCUAGGGCAUUUCUGAGGAACUUGGUAAAGAUAGGCAUUAUCGCGACAUAUAUGAACGACAUGGGCCGGCAAAGAAUUACGAAGUAUGUGUCGAAAAAAUACGAGAAGAGGAGUACGAUGAGUAAGCAGUUUAAUAAAGAGAUGUACAAAAUCAAGGAGCUUACCAAGAGGAUAACCAGCGAGACCGAAGUGAACCAGAAGGUCAAAGUGAAUGUUCAUCAAGAGAGCGAGAAAAUUCAAGUGAAGCAGGAGAACAAUCAAAAUAUUCAUUCUGAUAAUCGGGACAAUUCGAGUAACGUUGAUGCAUCGGUUGACGAUACAGACACACAUGAAAAUUGUGUCGAAGACAGUGCAGGUUUGAGAAAUAAGUUUCACGUCGCCAACAGUAUCCUUCGUAGGUAUCGAUUGCUGAAAUCCCGAUCGAGAUACAAAUGUACGUCGUCGAAGUCCUUCAUAUUAAAAGUAACUUCCAAGGCUGCCACAAAGGAGGAGAAGUCCAGUCCACCUAUAUCCAUGCAACAAAUCGCGAACAACGCUAAAGUCACGUCAUUGUACAAUAACAUCAAAACGAAUCUGAUAAUGCAAAGACCUGUUCGCAGUGGAAAUGGAGUCAACGAAGUCUUCGGCUUUAUGGAAGCCGUGCAGAAUAGCAACAGGAAAAAUACGUCCAAUAUUACAUAUAGAUUACUACGUCGAGCCAACAUGAUUAUCGAAGCGGUAAAGGAGCAUCAAGUGAUCGACGAUAUGACGAAACUCAUGAAGAUGAUCUACGAGGAGGAAGACAAGGAAGGUUACGAUGUGAAGAUCGAUAAGAAGUCUCUCAUUAGAUUGCUGCAGAAGCUCGCCAAGGACAACCUGGUGAAGAACAUCAAGCUGACUCUGAGUGCGAACAAUCGUGAGAAGAAUCUGACCUUCAUCUGCGACCCGAACAUCGACACCGAUCACACCGUGAUCAAAUCGGCCGUCGAACAAGCAAAGCUGAAAUUUUGCUUGAUGGGAUCCCAGAAGCCGAAAGUGUCGGCGAAGAAAGCGGGAUCCUCGGAUAAGCAGGACAAGACAGACAAGUCGGACUCUAAGGACCGAUCGCAGGAGCUCGGCAAGACGACUGUGAACUACGAAUACGAUCCCACAGCCGGCAAACGCUACGGUCUCAGCCCCAAGUUUAUCAAGAUGCAGACGAUACACGUUUUGCUUUUCUACUUAGUCUACGCUUACAACGACGUGCCGAAAGUGUCUCAGGAGAAGCAAAUAGAGAUUCUGCGAACGAACGGUUACGAAAUCGAUGACAAUCUUGCCAAGGAGUUCAGCACCAUUUACAACACUAAAGUGAGUUGGGAGAUGUUUAUCCCACCUUUGCCCAAGCAUGGUGGUUGGCCCGAAGGUUGGGCGCUCAUGUGUGAUGUUCUUAUGGGCCUGCCACUGUCGAUCUUUGUCAAGGUAUUUAACAUCAAGUAUGUGAUACCAGAAUUGGAGCGUUACUUGAGUCAUCCGAUCAGGAAGCAUUACCUCGUGAAGAAUCUCCCGGCUGACAUUCGAGACGCUCUCCUAUACGCGCGGAAAUACAUAUACAACAUCCACAGUAUCGUGUCCAAGUUGGGCUACAUCGGUCUGGUGCAAUUUGGCCCACAACGGCUGAAGGACAAAGAUCAGGUAUUCAUCUACGUGAACCGACGCACGGAACUCAUGGACACAAUGUCCUCGGCGCCAAGCUAUCACAACAUCGAGGAUAAGAAGUACCCGGUGACCAAGUACUUCUUCGACAGCAUGAAAUCUGUAGAGAAAUACUGGUACGACAUGUGGAAUAUCUGUAUCAACACUCCACUAGGAGGUAGGCUAGUUGUGCACGGUAAGGAUAUCCUAGUCGAGGACCUGGAUAAGAAGAGCAUCCUGGUAGAAGCGAUUGUAGCGCGCAAUCCAAAGAAAGCUGCGAGCAUGGACACCGGUGUUGUCCCCGGAGAUCGUAAAGGAGCAGCUGGUAUCGACUCUGCUUUCUUCGCGCACCUGAAACGCAACUGGAAUUGGGCGACUAACUAUUCUAUGAACCAGACGAAGACCUCCAGAGACUUCGAAGCCUCCAGGAAAUAUGGGAAAUCUGGUACGGGUCAGCGAGAUCUGCAUCUGUCGAAAAUUCAAAUGAAACCAGUUAAGUAUACGGAGUACGUCGGCCUAAAAAAGGUCUCCGGACCGCCAGCACCGGAGAUCAACGGCGUCGAGUUGCAGAAGCAGAAAUUCGAUCAGGCUGCCAAGCUGACCGAUACCAGUCGCAAGAACGAGGCCUUGCCGUCGCACCAGACCAGCAAACAGAAGUCGUUCGUGCGGCGGGUGAUGCCGCGCAAGAAGAGCAGUCGGCCACGUCUGAAGUACGAUGAGGAUGAUUAUCGGGCGAUGCAAAAGAUGCACAAGCUGCGGGCGGACUGGGCGCCGUAUGAGGUGAAUAUUUUGCUGGUGUGCAAGGUUGCGAUGACGUAUCUCUCGCCCAAUCCGCGCAAGCAGGUGGUUAACUUCAUAGCGGUGAGGGACGUGUUACGCACAUACUCCUACACGUCGAACAAUAAAACCUCGCGUGCUUGUCAACGUCGGCUGAUGUAUAUGCUGCGACAGAAAUGCACGAUAAACAGUAUCGCAUUGGGCGUUGAGGAGAUCAAGCAGGAUCCGGUUAUCGACCAACGUUACAAUGGCAUCAUGGACAGAUUGAAGAAAGAAUACAAGAACUCGGGCGAGUACGAGAAGCGAGUGACAGAGGUGUUUAAAGAACUCGUCGCCCUCAUCAUGAAGAAGUUCUACAUCAUUGCAGACAUGAAGCCUAAUAAGCAUACGGCGAUGCCGAAGACCGUGCAGGAGUUUAAUUUCUUGUUCAAGACGAUCUAUCCGGCGAAGCCGUAUCAAAAUCAAGGCUUCAGGAAAGACGUGCGCAACGCGAACGAUAUCAAUUCGGCGACUAUCAAUUCCCUUAUACACAGUUCCAUAUACUGCGCGAGGAGCAAACGUUCCUGGGCCUAUGAGCUCUAUAAGGUGUACCAGUAUUAUUCGGAGCCAGUUUUGCGGCAAGCGAUGGUCAAGAUCAGAUCAGAUCAGAUGGUGACCAUGAAGAAAAAUCAUCUGUCCGCCAUGAAGAAGGGUGGCAACUACUUGCCGAUGUGCAGCUCGCUAUACAAGCUGAGCGCCAAUUACGAAUACAAGUUCCAGACCAAGUGGCCUCAGGAUGUAUUCAAGGGAGCCUUCGAUACUUUUACGAAGUUGCUGCAAUAUUAUUCAGAGCAGAGAAACGUCGCUCUUGCGCAGCAGGAAAAUAUAUUCAACGGCAUUGAAAUUCAGCCAGUGUCCAGCGGCAUAGUCAUGGCUAUACAUGACCUUUUAGUGCGCAAUCAGAUUGACUUUGAUAUCGAGAUGCCGGAGCAAGUAAUAAUGUUGGACUCCCGAUAUCAGGAUAAGAAUGAGACUUAUUUCAGGGUUGCACAAAGAUACCAAGACAUCAUGACAAGACUUUAUCGUUUCAAGUUUGAGAAUGUCGACGCACAAAAUGCCAGAUCUCUCGAACUCGAUGAAAUAGAAAUGAAUGAAAACGUGGAAAACCCCGCAACGAGGAAGAGGCCUGUCGAUAAGAGCGACAAUUUCGGGGAACCGGCUGCGAAGAUUAGUCGUACAAACGAAGAAGGCGAUAAAAGCAAACGGAUUAACAAAUCUUCGAAGAAUCAGCCAAAUGAAGUUAUAACGGAGAAGAAAUCGAGUGUUACAACGAACAGGAGUGUUAAACUUCAAGAGACCACUUCGAAAGAUCAUUCCAGUGUUCAGGUGUCUACAGAAAAGAAUCGAGUCGAGUGUACAUCAAAAAAGAGACCUAUUGAUGCAGAAGAGGACUCUGUCGACUGCGAGAAACCGUUAAAGAGACUACGGUUAAAUUCCGACGAUUCGAUGGAUUUGCCGGAUGUAGAAGAACUCGAAGAGUCAAAUUUAUAUGAGGAUCUUAAAAACAUUGAGAAGAUGAAAAUCAUUAGCAAAUCUUCGCAGGUGAAAGAAUUGCCAGAGAAACAAACGAAGAGUGCUUCUUCGAGCCAACCGAGUAGUUCAACGGACCUGACUGCGAUUCCCCGACGCGUCAGUGAGAUCAUCAAAAACAUGCCGUUGGAAAUAAAUUAUUUGAGAUCUUACUGGAAAAUCGAGGAGACCAACGACAUUCAGAAGAAGUACACUAGAUUAACCAUUCUGGGAAUGAAAGAGGAGUUGGAUGAUCUCUCAGUAGCCGACAGCCAUCACGCUCAUGAAUACUUUGUAGUCAACGCCUUCAAAAUGUUCUACAGUUUGGAGUUGCCAUCAUCAGUAGCAACGUCAGUGCCGAAUGACCAAGAGACUUGCAAAAGUCAGUUGGCUAGUGAGCUGGUGUCAUUGAAGAUCGAGAAGAUAAACAAAGUGCUCGAUGAGAUAAGCCAUUUCGCAAUUUUCCCAGGGACUAUCAAUGACAGACUAUUCCUUGUACGAUCCUUACAUGAAACGUCAUAUAAAGAUCACAAGGAUUAUAUGAUAACGAAGAAGGGAACAACGAUAAAUUGGAGACACGUCGAUGCAAUAUGCAAUUUUGUCCGGGAGAAGAAAGAACUCGGCGUGUGUCCGCAGGAUCUAAUAGACAAGUUUUUUAGCGAUCAAGGCACAGACUUGUACACCAUUGUCUCACAUUUGGUAGAAAAUCGUAUAUUUUUACGCUCUGGUGUAACUUGUCCGCGCUAUAUUCAUCACCAUUACGUGGACUCGUGGCUGAUCCACUCGUGCAAGAUAUACCGGCUGGAACAAGAAGCUAUGGGGCCUUUUAAGGACAGCGUAUACGCUACGAUGCCGCUGGGGAAGACAGCCAUUACAAAUGUUGAGACUGAUGCAAAACAUGAGAACACAAAUAAGAAACUUAAAAUGGCUAGUGCGACACCAUCAACGUCAUCAAUGGACUAUCAAUCAAACGGUCAAGAAGUUGGUGAAAAAGUCAAGGAAGAUGAAAAGAAAGCCGAUGAUGAUUUAAAUGACCAGAAAAAUUUGGAGACUGAAGAUAAUGAAACUAAUAAGGAAUGUGAUACAUCCGCAAGAAAAAGACCGCAAAGACAAAGAACAUGUUCAUCUUCACAAAAGGACAAACCCGUGCAGCAGCCAGACUUGACGACCGAGGAGAUUAAAGUUGUGAUAAGACCAUGGAUUCGCAUUGACGGCGUUUUGAAUCGCAAAGUACUGGAUCAAAUGCUGGGGUCGGUUCUUGGUUAUUCUUUGCUUCAUCCCGGACUCACCUUGACGAAGAUUCAAAAUCGAUUUAUACCUGCUCUACAGCCUUUUCAUACGCGCGAAUUAGUCGAGAUACUAAUCAAGUUGGGCUGUUUAGAGAGCAAACUCUUGAAAAAACCUCGUGUUACCUUAUUCUCCCAGCCAUCAACGCUUAAAAUUAGUAAUUUAACCGCGGAUGCUUCUUGUUGGGCCGCUGACGAUGAAAUAGUACUUGAGCCUGCUGUUGAUUCAGUAUUGAAGUUUGGCAUAUUUUUGAAUAGAACUAUAUCCAACACAGAUUUCAUGUAAAUAAUUAUUUUAUAUUGUUAUUGAUAAUUGUGAAAAAA